UGACGCUGCCUUGUGGCUAACCAGUCAGGCGGCUUGCUGGCUGCUCAGCGCUCGCCUGCUCGCUCGGUCCUGUCAACAACACCGCAACCUGAGACGGGAUAGCCACUCUGCUGGCUAGCGGAGGAAAAGCAGCUAAAGUAGCCACGGCGCUAGCCUCCGGAUGAACUAACUCCGGAGGUGCCCUAGAAAGUUGGCUGGAUAUACCGGGGUCCGGAGUCGAUUCGACGGUGGCAGAGUGGAGAGGUGGUGGAGGGGAAAAACUCCAGACUUCUCCGUUUGGCACCAUCAUCUGGGUCCCCCCUCCUGUGCUAUGACAGCGAGGCUUGGCUCCAACAAAGGCCCAAGCUCCUCGGCAGACGGUUGACAUCUGGUCAGGGAUGGCUGCUCAGGUGGAGGUUCAGAGCGGUGAGGUUGGGAGGACAGGGGCAGGAGGACUGCUCCACCUGAGCCCCCUGGGCGACUCCAGCAACAAGAGCGUGAUUGAGAUCCCGUCUAUGGGCGAGCCUCACAUCCUCGGAUCAGAAGCCAACAAGCCCGCCCCGAAUCCCAAGCCUCGGCUCACUCCUAAGCCGUUCGCUGUGGAGAAAAACCCCACCAUUAAGCCCAUUCUCGCCCCCAAGCCCCAAGCCAAACCCCGCCCGGAGUCCACGCGCACUGCUGCGUCCAAACCGGAUCUGCCGCACACACCGAAACCAGCGGUGAGGCCGGUGUCCAGCAACCCCAACCGCCCCGCUUCCACUUCCUUUAGGACACCUAGUAAGUUCAAGACUGGCCAGACGAGCAAGCCUGUAGUCCAGCCUUUCAAACCGGCCCCUCCCCUUGAUCCCGGGGAGCCCAGUAAAUCAAGCCGCCCGGUGCCGACCGGGAGGCAUAAACCUGCUGCCUCCAACUUGGCCUAUUCCAAGAGUCUUAAAACGUAUUCAGCAGCUGAGUGGCCGGGGAGCCCUUCAAACAAGCAUGAGAGUGGGCCCAUUAAAGAAGGGCCCAUUACCAGAGCUAAGUCCAUGGACUUUCUCGCUGCAGUAGGGCAGGACGAGGAGGAAAAGAACAAAGCUCAGCCUGCAGAGGCCGUGCAAAUGCGAGCUAAGCCCAGAAACCCCAGGCCCAGACCAGUUUCAACCAUUUUCCCUGCCGCGCCGGCCAAAACGGAGACGCCGGUUCCUGUUCCUCGCUUGGCAGCGCGGCGACCGCUGUCAGCUGAUCUCACUUCAAAGUUCGAGUCCAUUGGCCUGUCUCUGCACCGUAAAAGCCCCAAAGCAAACACUCCAACAGAGCAGGCGCCGCCACCGGACAAAGAGCAAGAUAAAACCCCUCCCAGCGGCACGCCGGCAGGUGCCGAUGGCGCCGCCGAUCGGGCCGACUCGGACCAAAACGACGAUAAGGCAGAAGAACCUCCGGCGAGGGACGCUCAGGAGGCUAAGCCCGUGACUAGCAUCAAGUCUCGGAUCAGUCUCCUCCUGGAUUCAUCGUGCCCUCCGGGUGCAGCGGCCGAUCUGCCCUCUCCGGUGCAGCCGGUACCAGAGGCAGAAACCUCCGUGGGCGUGAAACAGCUCAUCAAGCAGCUGACCGAGGACACGACGCCGACGCCGCCCCCGGCUGUGAAGCCGGUGCCGAAGCCCCGCCCGCUGCCCCUCGACCUUACCAAAAAGUUUUCCUCCGAGCGCUCGCCAGACCCCGUUUCAGUGUCGGAGGCGGCAGACGGACACGACAUCAGCAAAGAUCCUCAGAGAGGGACCGAGGAGCCGACAAGCACUCCCAGUGAGCAGAAGAUGUUUCUGGAUCUAAAAGAUUCCCCUGCGGAGUUCAGAAAGGCCUUCACCCCCGACGGGACCGAGGCAGGACAGGAAAGCGGUUCUGGCGCCGAACCGCACACGGUGAAAGCGUCUUUGUUUGACAACAUCGUGGAGAGGCAAAGUGUGCUCAUGAUGGACCAGGACGACUCUGCAAGCGCAGCCCAGGAUUCCCCAGGCAGCGCCUUCUCUGUGAGGAGCAGCGACGAGGGAGACGGAUCUCUAGUCACCGCCACUUACCUGGAACCCGCAUCUCCCUCCAAUUCCUCCUGGGUGUCGCAUGCCUUUGAUACAGUCCAGGCGGCCGAAGAGAACCGGGCCGUGAGCGAGAGCGUCCCCGCGGCCCAGUGGGAAGACAAGGCCAUGACGCUGCGCUCCAGACGCUCGGAGCGCACCAGGCCCGGCAUACAGACAGCUGACCCAGCGCCGGUGCCGGACCUGCAGCCACGAUACCUCAGGAUCGGGGCUCUGCAGAAGUGGACCGCUUCCGAUUUCGACGACGGUGGAGGUCUGGAUAACGGGAUGCUGAAGCAGUCAGAAAGGGACGGGCAAGCCGCUCUGGAGAAGGACCAGGACGAAGUGGCCGCUGCCCCUAAACGUUUGAAAAUGCUGCAGGCGGAGGAGCAGCAGAAGCCCAGGGCCACCUACUUUGCUUUGACCGGGCAGAUGCCGGAGCUGGCUCCUCCUGGCGGGGGAGGGAGCAGCGCUGUGGACGCCAAUGUGCUCUUCAGCGACCUGUCUGUGAGGUCCACCCAGGGGCAGCUCUUCUCCGCCAGGAGGAACCCUUCUCUAGAAGAAGCUUUUGGGAUAAUCUCCCCCACUCAAGAGAAAUUUGAUGAAUUUAUCCCAAGGAGCCACAUCGCAUCCAAGGAGGUCAGGUCGCCGAUGGACAAACCAGCCAAAGACGACAUGACGGAAGUCAAAAAGAGACACGAGCCAGAAAGACGUGUGGCAAAGACGAGCGAGGCCGAGAGGGAAAAGCAGAAACAGCUGGAGACGGAGAAGCAAGCACACGCCGACUUUGAGCGGAUGAAGGAGUGGGAGAGGCAGCGGGAAUUCGAAAGGCAGAGGCAGAGAGCGUUCGAGAUGGAGAAAAAAGAAUUAGAGGAGAAGCAGCAGAGGCAAAAACUGCUGGAAAAACAGAAGCAGCAAGAAUCGGAGGAGCGGCGCCAGCGGCAACUCCAGAAAGAGAAACGGGAGCUGGAGAAGCAGAAAGAAACGGAGGCGCAACAGCUGGUGGAGUUGGAGAGGCAGAGACUGAGGGAGAAGGAGGCCGAAAGAUUAAGACAGAUGGCUUUAGAGCAGGAGAUGUUGAAGAUAAAAGAGCUGGAGAGAAAAGCGAAACAAAAGGAAAUUGAGAUGGAGCGUCAGAAGGAGAUGGAAAGGAGGAGAGAGCUGGAGAAACAGAGGCAGAGAGACUUAGAGAAGGAGAAGAAGAGAAAACAAGACAUGGAGAGACAGCAGGCGGAAAAGGAGAGGCUGAGAAGAGAGCAGGAGCAGGAAAGGAAGAGGAAGGAGGAGCUGGAAAGACUCAAAGAGAUGGAGAGACAGCAGCUAGCUGAGCUAGAGAAGCAGAGAGCAAGAGAGCGGGCGGAGAAGGAGGCCGAGAAGUUAAGACAGAUGGCCCUGGAGCAGGAGAUGCUGAGAAUACGAGAGCUGGAAAAAGAGAGGGUGAGGCAGAAGGAGCUGGAGAUGGAGCGCCAGUUGGAGAUCAGGAUGGAAAAGGAGCGAGAGUUGGAGAAACAGAGGCAGAGACAACUGGACACGGAGAGACAGCAGCUAGAAAACGAGAGGCUGAGGAGAGAGCAGGAGCAGGAGAGGAAGAGGAAGGAGGAGCUGGAAAGACUAAGAGAGAUGGAGAGGCUGCAGCUCGUUGAGCUGGAGAGGCAGAGGCUGAGAGAGAAGGAGGAGAGGGAGGCCGAAAAACUACGGCAGGUGGCCCUGGAGCAGGAGAUGCUGAAGAUAAGGGAGCUCGAGAAGGAGAGAGCGAGACAGAAGGAGUUGGAGAUGGAGACGAGAGAGCUGGAGAAACGGAGGCAGAGAGAGACGGAAAGGGAGAGACAGAGGCAGCUGGACCUGGAGAGACAGCAGUUCGAAAACGAGAGACUGAGACGAGAGCAGGAGAAGGACAGGCAGAGGAAGGAGCUGGAGAGGCUCAGGGAGGCGGAGAAGGUGGAGAAGGCGGAGGCGGAGAGAAUGAGACACAUAGCCAAGCAGCAGGAAGCAGAGAGGCAGCGGCUGAAGGAGAAGCAGAAGAAGGAGGAGCAGGAGAGGCUCUGGUUGGAGUCGUGUGCGCUGAGACCCAAAGUUCUCGAUCUGGACUCGGUGCACAGAAGCGAGCCGCUGUCUCCGGGAUCUCCUCAGCACAGCAAUCCCUCGCCCCGAUGGAGGGAGCCGUAUAAACCCGCCAUUCUCGACAUCGACUCGUUCACGUCUCACGCUCAGGGCUCGCCCAGUAAAGACCCGUCUCCCUCUCCUGCUGUUCUGGGACCGGACGCCGAGUUCGGUGCUCGCUCGCUUCCUACAGCUGAGAGAGACGUCAGCUGGAAGGUGCCGCCGCAGACGUCGGGGGGUUUCUCAACCCCGGUAUGGACAACGUCUCCCCAGGACCCGUGGGAGCUCGUCUCUGUGGAGAUGUCUGUGGACAAACCAGUGACAGAACCCAGGAAAGCUGCCGGCAAACUCAGCCCAGAGCAGCUGCUCCUCAAGCAGGAGGAGCGGCUCGCCAGCCCCCAGCGGCACAGGCCCGCUUUCCUGGAUGAGCCUCUCUUCUUGUCUCCUCCACAGACGAGGGUCUCUCCUCAGGAACACCCGCACAGUUCUCCCGCAGACCAGGUCUGGGUUCCAAGAGAGCCCCAGCCGCCGAAAGAAAGGCGAGGAGAAGGCCCUGGCUACAGGAGGUCCCAUGGAGCUCAGGAGUUGAACAGGAUGCGGUCUCGCAGCAUGUCCAGGAGAUCGGCUCCUUCGAGCAGCGCCGUGGAGGGAAUCCUCUUCAGGAAGAGGAGUCGCAGCGCCCACAGAGAGCUGGACCUUCACAGUGUGGUGCAGCAGAAGCAGAGCGGCGAAGCAGACAGUAAAGACUCAGGAACUCCGGUUCGUGACACUGACAGUCAGUACGGGACCUGGGAAACAGGACUGCACACCGAUGACAGUAGCCUCACACCUGCCACCACAAGUCCAGGAAGCAAUCUCAGUCCGUCUCCGAGGAAGACCACUCCACUCCCCUCUCCAGGGGAUCAGGCCUCGCAGCCAGAGCACAGCGCUCCGAACGGCCCCUCUCCCUCGUCGUCCUCUGAAAGCCAGCCGCUAAACUUCCCCGAUGCGCCGACAACGCUGCUGGACAACAGCGCCCUGCGCUCGCGAGCCCACUUGGGAAAGAAGCGAGCCCCACGGACACGGCCCUCCAAGGCGGCCCGGCUGAGCGGGGUGCCGGCCCAGGGAGAUGGAGAAAACAAAGAAGAUUGGCUUUACAAAGACUCAACAGAGGCAAAGGCGGAGAAUAAAGACGAUGACUCGGAGUCUGAGGAGCCGGCCAAAGGAGCUGACGCUGGGCCUGCGGUUCCCUCGCAGCCGCAGAGGGUCGCCCUGUUCCCGGGAGUAGAUGCCUCAGCUUUAAAGGCCCAGCUCAAGAAGAGGGGCGACUCUGACAAUCAACCCGAUGGACCUGUCCCCUCUCCGUCCCACCUCUCUCGCUCUCCCAAGUCUCCCUUCCUCCCUCGUGCGGCACGUGUGCUGCCCCCACCUGGUGGGAAAGAAAACGGCGAGGAGGACUCACCCCAGUGGUUGAAGGAGCUAAAGUCCAAGAAGCGCUUGAGUCACUUUGAGAAUGAAAGCUAAGUAAUCAAUGAGGUUGCCUUAACGGAUGAAUCUAUGAGAAAUAGAAGCCUUAACUAUUGAUCCAGAGAGAAGAAGCGAGGCUGGAUCUACAGCUGCUGAUUUACUUUGUUCCAGUAAUUUUUGUUGUUUUUGUGUUUUUGUUUUGUUUGUUUUUUUCUCCUCCUUUUUUGGGUCGCUCAAUGUGCAUGGUGCCUUUUUAAAACAAAAAAAACUGGGAGUCUCGUACUGAGAGAACGAAAACAAGCAAGGACAAGUUUAUGCUGGAACCUGUGGAGGUUCUGCUGCACGUUCACGUGAAAUCUCUCCGGGACCCGGAGAAACGCGGAUAAAAAAAACGCUUCCUGUCAGGAAACGUUACUUCUUACUAGAGGGACCACGGCGUAGCUUCAUCCCGGAUGGGGCUUCAUGGCUUGCUGGAGGCCGAUGGCGUUGUUUGCGUGUCGUCUCCCUGAUCCGCUGAAAUGUCGGCGUGUGUGUGCGGCUGUACGUUUUGCUUCCUGUGGGGAGGGGUGUGGAUGAUCAUCAGUCAUUGCCAUAAGGUAACAUUUCAGACACUAAUGACUUUUUGAAUAUAGAGAACAAAUCGGCGACGGGCGGCUGGCUUGUCAGUGCGAGCGUGUUAAUAGAAGAUGUUAUAUUUGUAUCUACGUACCAGAGAGCUAGUUUUGAAGGAAGUAAACGGUAAGAUGCAUCACUACAGCAGAGGCUCCCCAGCUUUUUACUCUGAUACACUCCACAGCCUCAGAGUCGCUGCAUAUUGUAUAUACUGUUCUGUUGUUUUUUUUUUUUGUUUUUUUUUGGUGAGGGAUUGGGGGGCUUUUGGACAAGUGAACUUGCUUCUGUCAUUCAUGCACAAAACAAUUCGGCACAAACCCGCUGCGGAUCGGCCCGUUUUCCCUCCUUCCUACAGACUGAAUGAACAGUUGCGAGCAUCCAAUCUAAGCCAUACCGUCGCCUACUUCCCCUCCGCCUCUGUGUCGACCCCCGUCUCUCCGACGAAUGUGCAAUCGCCCCGCUGUUUAGUCCCCCGUUCAGUUUGCAUGCACAAUCUCUGCUGUCUCAUCAGGGCGGACGGUGCCUUCCAGUGUCACGGUGACGGCUCACGCUGCUCCACGCCAGUGGGACGGACUCACUACACUACCUUCUUCAAGUUUGCUCCAAUCAAAUGUGAAUGUUUCUAACCUGCUGCGCUGUGUCAGCAGCCUCCCACCUUUACACCUCCCCAAAGCACUUUGUCACUUGAUGCACUGCAGCACUCGACGUCUGCACCCCCUCCCCCCCACCCCCCUCAUUGGCCACAUCCUUCUGUUUGUGUUCGGCCCGAUCGUGCGAUGCGAGUGAAUAUGUCGAUGGAGGCUCCUGAGUGAUUGUCCCUGGUUUGGAUGUAUAUGAACUUCUUUUUUCUUUUUCUUUUUUUUUCUUUUGUCUUGACAUUUUAGGGCUUAUUUUUUUAUGUUCAUCUUUUUUCCUUUUUUUUUUUUUAUUUGAAAGUAACUGUUUAUUACACUGUGUGUUGUACUGGCCAGUGUCCUAAAGCAAAUAAAUUCUUAAUAAAACAUUAACUUGACUGGA